AUGGCUCCAUCGAAACGAACCAGCAAUGGAAAAUCACCAUUGGUUAAUCAACAGCGGCAGAUAACCACAUUUUUCGCCAAGAAGUCACCUUCCGAAUCGUCGUCUCCUACUGGGCCUACUCCAUCACCAUCCUUCUCGAAGCAAAACCCUAAACUCAAUUCUAACGCUAACCCUAAUUCCAGUCCAAGCUCGAUCACUCCAUCGCCACUUCAAACCAAAAGCAAGAAGCCUAUAAUGGUGAUAGGUUCUGAUUUAUCGUCUUCUCCUUCAGCUCCUGUAUCUUCUAAGAGAUCGUGUGCAGAAGAGCUUGUUAACAAAAGAAUCAGGGUUUAUUGGCCGAUGGAUAACACUUGGUACGAAGGUUGUGUGAUAUCGUUCGAUCGAGUCUCGGGGAAGCAUUUGGUUCGAUAUGACGAUGAUGAGCAGGAAUUGUUGAAACUAUCUGACGAAAAGAUUGAGUGGAUUAAUGAACCUUUGAAGAAAUUCCGUAGACUACGAAGGGUUUCGGUGGUAGAUGAUGAAGAGGAGAUUAAAACUUUGGAGGAUACCGGGAGUGGUGGGGAUGAUUCGGAGGAUGAAGAUUGGGGAAAAAGUGUGGAAAAGGAAGUGGUAGAAGACGAGGAUUCUUUGGAGGAUAUGGCUUUGGAGGAAGAAGAUGGCGAAAGUGGAAAAAGUGGCUUUAGCAAGGAGGUGGCUUCCAGGAAGCGGAAGUUGAGUGCUGGAGGAAAGUCGAAAUUAAGUGCUAAUAAAAAGAGCAGCAGUGGAGACUUGAAAAAUAGUAACAAGGGAGAACUGAAGGGCUCUACCAAACAUAUUGCAGAUAGUGGAAAAGUUUCCAUUCCUGACAGCGGUCUAGUUGGUGAUAUAGCAGAAAGAUUUGGUGCACGUGAAGCAGAGAAGUUUCGGUUCCUUGGGGUAGACCGCAAGGAUGCCAAUCAAAGACGCCCCAGUGAUGUAAAUUAUGACCCUAGAACUCUUUACUUGCCUCAAGAUUUCUUAAAAAGCUUAACAGGGGGGCAGAGGCAAUGGUGGGAGUUUAAGUCGAAGCAUAUGGACAAGGUUCUGUUUUUUAAGAUGGGCAAGUUUUAUGAACUUUAUGAAAUGGAUGCACAUAUUGGAGCCAAAGAACUUGAUUUGCAGUAUAUGAAGGGAGAGCAACCUCACUGUGGAUUUCCUGAAAAGAACUUCUCAGUGAAUGUAGAGAAGCUGGCUCAAAAGGGUUACCGAAUUCUUGUUGUGGAGCAAACAGAGACACCUGAACAGCUUGAACUUCGUCGCAGGGAGAAAGGCUGCAAAGAUAAGGUUGUGAAACGCGAAAUUUGUGCGGUGGUCACAAGAGGGACUUUAAUGGAAGGGGAAAUGCUCUCAAGAAAUCCUGAUGGUUCUUUUAUGAUGGCAGUGACAGAAAGUUGUCAAAGUUCAGCAAACCAACAAGCAGCUCAUAUAUUUGGUGUUUGUGUGGUUGAUGUGACUACGAGCAAGAUUGUUCUUGGACAGUUUAUAGAUGAUUCAGAUUGCAGUUCCUUGUGCUGUCUCUUAUCUGAGCUAAGACCAGUAGAAAUUGUUAAACCUGCCAAGCUGCUCAGCCCUGAGACUGAGAAAGUACUUCUGAGGCACACAAGAAAUCCUUUGGUUAAUGAGCUGCUUCCCUUGUCUGAGUUUUGGGAUGCUGAGAAAACUGUUAGUGAAGUUAAGGCCAUCUAUCGGCUUAUUGGUGACAAAUCAAGUUUUUCAGCUUCGGAUAAAGCAAUUGCACAUGCUAGUGAAUCUUUGGUCGAAAAUGUUGGUGUCAACUGCAUACCUGCCGUUUUAUCUGAGCUUGUGAAUGCGGGUGAGGAUGGUAGCUAUGCACUUUCAGCUCUUGGAGGUGCACUCUUCUAUUUGAAGCAAGCUUUUCUGGAUGAAAAUCUACUCAGAUUCGCAAAGUUUGAGUUGCUCCCAUGCUCUGGUUUUGGUGAGAUCACUCAAAAACCAUAUAUGGUUCUUGAUGCUGCAGCAAUGGAGAACCUUGAAGUUUUUGAGAACGGCAUAAAUGGAGAUUCUUCUGGGACACUGUAUGCUCAAUUGAACCAUUGUGUGACAGCAUUUGGGAAAAGGUUACUUAGAACAUGGGUUGCCAGACCUCUGUACCAUAUUGAGUCUAUUAAGGAACGUCAGGAUGCUGUAGCAGGAUUGAAGGGAGUUAACGCUCCAUUUGUGCUGGAGUUCAGGAAAGAGUUGUCCAGGCUUCCAGACAUGGAACGUUUACUUGCGCGCAUUUUUGCUAGCAGUGAAGCUAAUGGCAGGAAUGCAACUAAAGUAGUCCUAUAUGAGGAUGCAGCGAAGAAGCAGCUUCAAGAGUUCAUUUCGGUUCUACGUGGAUGUGAACUAAUGAUCCAUGCAUGCUCCUCACUUGAUGCCAUUUUAGAAAAUACAGAUUCUAGGCUACUACAUCAUCUAUUGACACCAGGUAAAGGGAUCCCCGACGUCCAUUCUAUUCUCAGGCAUUUCAAGGAAGGCUUCGAUUGGGAGGAAGCAAAUAGUUCAGGUCGUGUAAUUCCUCUAGAAGGGGUUGAUGUGGAGUAUGAUUCUUCAUGCCAUACAAUAAGAGACAUAGAAACUAAUUUGAAAAAACACCUAAAGGAGCAGCACAAAUUACUUGGAGAUGCAUCGAUUAAUUAUGUAACAGUUGGUAAAGACACAUACCUGUUGGAAGUGCCAGAAAGUUUGUGCCAUAACAUUUCACAGGAGUAUGAGUUACGGUCAUCGAAAAAGGGCUUCUUCCGGUACUGGACUCCAGUGAUUAAGAAUUUAGUAGGGAAGCUCUCUCAAGCUGAAUCUGAGAGGGAGUCUAAGUUGAAGACCAUUUUGCAGAGGUUAAUUGGAAAAUUUUGUGAGCAUCAUAAUAAAUGGAGACAAUUGAUUUCUACAAUCUCAGAACUGGACGUUUUAAUCAGCUUAUCCAUUGCUAGUGAAUAUUAUGAAGGACCAAUGUGCCGCCCAAUCAUCUCUCCAGUAUCAUCUCCUGAUGAAGUGCCUUGCCUCUUUGCUAAAAAUUUAGGACAUCCUGUUCUCAGGAGUGAUACAUUAGGCAAGGGUACCUUUGUCACUAAUGAUGUUUCACUUGGUGGUUCUGGUCAAGCCAACUUUAUCCUUCUUACUGGUCCUAACAUGGGGGGGAAGUCUACUCUUUUGCGUCAAGUCUGCUUAGCUGUGAUUUUGGCCCAGAUAGGGGCAGAUGUUCCGGCAGAAAGGUUUGAGUUGUCUCCUGUUGACCGCAUUUUUGUUCGAAUGGGUGCUAAAGAUCAAAUUAUGGCUGGGCAUAGCACAUUCCUGACGGAGCUUUUGGAAACUGCCUCGAUGCUGUCUGCAGCAACCCGUAAUUCACUUGUGACACUAGAUGAGCUUGGGCGGGGAACAUCAACGUCAGAUGGGCAAGCCAUAGCUGGAUCAGUUCUUGAGCAUUUUGUGUGCAAGGUACAGUGUCGGGGAAUGUUUUCUACCCACUACCAUAGGUUGGCUAUUGACUAUCAGAAAGAUCCUAAGGUCUCCCUCUGUCAUAUGGCAUGCCAAGUUGGCAAAGGAGUUGGAGGUCUUGAGGAAGUUACCUUCCUUUAUAGAUUGACACCUGGUGCAUGCCCUAAAAGUUAUGGUGUUAAUGUUGCAAGGCUAGCUGGACUUCCGGAUGCAGUACUUCAUAAAGCCACUGCCAAGUCUCAGGAGUUUGAAGGUAUGUAUGGCAAGAGAUCAGAAGACAACUCGUCUGUUCUGAGUUGGGAAGACGAGGCAUCAGUGAUCAUCCAAAACUUGAUAAAAUUUUCAGCUAACCAGGGUUGCCAUUAUUCUACCAAGAACAUGGUCCUUGGUUCGUUGAACAAAUUGCAACUGAGAAUCAUACCCAAACACAAACUGGUGCCAUAUCUUCCUCAAACUGUGUUCCUCUCGUUGCAAUAUAAUAGCUCCUUAGAACGGCUUACAUUUGGUAGUGGUGAGGAGUGGGGACGGGGUCAAACUGAGGCAGGAAAUGAGCUUGAAGCCAUGACAUGGCUACUUGGAAUAGCUUUCGUUUUUUGGGUGGGGGGGGCGCAGAAACAGCAAGGAGGGUGCAGUGGAUUACAGGUCGAAGAAAUUACUUCACUGACUUAUUUGCAUUGUAUUUUAGCUGGUAAACUUUGGCGUACCUUGCCAAUGUUUAUGACGCCUGAAAAAUUUAGGUCACCCAGUUUGAAUUUUGUGGGUAGAUGGAGAAACUAG